AUGACCCAAAGGACGAUAACCACGACCGGCGAACAUAAGCUUCGAGAGGAGGCGACACCUACCGAGAACUACCGGAACAAAUACAGUCUCGUGGACAGCGCAAAGAUCUCCGCCUUGCGGCCCAGCUGGCCCCAAGAAGAUGUGCGAGACACCUGGAAGCUGAUCCUCAAGCCCUUCUUCCCAACAGAGGUGUCUCAAUCACCCAACGGGAACGUGUUCAGAGUAGAGCCCGUCCAGAUCAAGGAUGAGUUCCCGCAGAUCAUCAUUAGCAACCCGCAGGGUCCUUGGGAGUCCCUGCCCCUGUUCACGGUCUACUGCAUCAACUGGCCCGAGCCUGAUGCAGACAUGUGGAAGUUCCUCGAGGGCAAGGCCAAGUGGGACUUGCUCACUGUCGCGCAGUCCUUCGAGGCAUACCCUCGGCCGAGCAUUUCGCUUGCGCUGGCCGUGGGACCUCUGGUACGUUUCUACAAAUUCGACCAUGAGUUGGAUUACUGCCACAUUGACUAUAGGAAAGACGACUCGCUCAAUAUCCAUGAGGACUUUGAUGACAUUGUGGAGGAACUCCUCGAGAUCCGCCAGGACAUGACCUAG